AUGAACAAAAACGGAACAGCUAAAAUGAAUGAUAAUCAAAUUAGAGCAGAAGGUAGAAGGUUAUUUAAACGCUUCUAUAACAUUCCUGAUGGUGCUAAUCCUAAAACUCGUAGAAGCUAUUUAAAUGAAGCAAUAGAUGCAUAUGAAGGGUUUGACAUUUCAUCAGAGAGUGAGAGAUUAGCGAGAAUGUUAAAUGUUAAUAUUGAUUUCUAUUAUUGUGAUCCUCAACCAGAAGACGUGGACAUAAAUAAGGUAGACUUUCCAUUAGUGGAAUCAAUAAUGAUAGAUCCAGAAUUUGAAACAGUAAAUAUUUUAUUAACACAGAGUCCAUGUGGAAAACUUCACGCUGACAGAAUAACAGACGUUGAAGCACUCACCGGCUAUAAAGUUUGUCCAUAUUGUAAAGAAGAAGUUUAUUCUAUCCGUGAUGAUCCAGAAAGGAAAAACCAAAGAAGAUUUUUAAAGCAUUGUGAGAAAUGUAAAGAAAAUAAUGGAAGAUUAAUUCAAGACGUUCAGUUGCAAAAGACACAGCAACCAUAUGCACCACAUAUUACGAAACAGAAGAUAUAUCAGUGGUUAUUAGCUCACAAUUUGCAGAAAUAUUAUAAACCGACAAGAUAUUAUAUUACUUUUGACUUUGAAACAUUAGAGACUAAAGAAGAAUUACAACUUUCUGAGUGUGCAACUUUGAAUGCUUACUUAAAACCAUUCAUGGUAUCAUCAACGGUUAAAUUAAACGAUAAAACAUAUACGAGGAAUUUUUGCUUAACUUCGAGUGAUUCUUUUAUUUCUGAUUGGAUUGAGUUUUUAUUUUCAACCUGUUCAUUAGUUGUUGAAUCAAAUAUGA